UUGAAUCAGAUGUAAAUAAGGAAACUAUUACACUUAUAGAGGAAAAACUUGGGAUUGCUCGAACACAACUUAAAGAAACAAAAUCCAUAGAUGAAAAGCGUAUUAAGUUGUUUAAUGGAUUAGAAAGCGAAUUAAAAACAUUGACCAAAUCAUUAGUGCCAGAUGAACAAGAAUUUAUGAAUCAAGACUAUAAUAUUACGAACCUAAAUGAUAUUAUUCAAUCUUUGGAAAUUGAAUUGCAAACGGCAAGCUCAUCAAAAACGAAUUCCACUGCACGUAUAAGACAAUUAGAAGCCCUACUUGCAGAAGAGAAUUUAAGGCUUGAAUGUAACGCUACAUCAUCUACUGACCUUGAAACAUUGAAUGCAGAACUCCAAAAAGCUAAAGCGGCUGAAGUUCAAUAUCGGCAACAGAUCAAGAGUUUAAAAUCUAAGAUCCGAGAUGCCAAGCAGUAUCGGAAUGCAGAGCAUAAUAAUCUUAAAGAUGUUACAAACAACAUAUAUUCCCUUAGGGCACAGUGCACCCUGAUGCAGAAUGAAAUAGAAGAUAUUAAAUAUAAUUCUGUUCUUGAUUGUUAUGAUAGUAUAGAUGAUGAGAUGGUUGAAAAUCUUAUUAAACAGUUGAAACAAACUCAUAAAGAGGCCAAAGAAAAAAUAAGUCGAGUUAUUGAAUUAGAAAAGAUCUCACAUCAAUUGGAAUCCGACAAAAUUAUUCA